AUGGCUGACAUUAAAACAAUAAGCAAACCUUCAAAAGAUGCUGAUCACCCUGUUAAUGUACAAGUGGCUGAAGACUCAGAUGAAGAAGGUAAUUUUUGUUGUUAGAAAAUAGGUUCACUUAUAGUUGAGAGUGGAAAUGUGAUCUCUGUACAAUGAGUAAUAAGGAAGACAAAGAAGACCAACUCUAAGGCUACCUUCUUUUUCUGGGGUUGUGAGGGGGGGUUGUGUUAGAACUAGGAAGACCCUGGGAGGGAGGGACAACUUUUGUUUGGUUAAUACAUGCAAGGCUGGGGAGUGAUUUACUUGUAACUGCCUUUCAACAUGCGCUCUUUUUAGCUGAACCACUAGCACAACACAUUCUUAUUAUAACAUUAUUAUUAACUCAUCUUUAAUUAUUUUUUACCUCCACUGAUCAGAAUCCAAGAUAGUCAAAUCUUCAGAGAAUACAACUGGCAGAUCAGAGGGCAGUGAUGGUAACACUCCCUGGCUUACCACUGGUCUCCCGUCUAGUUCAAAGAAUACUACAAGUAACACAAAGAACCAAAGAACCACAUCAAAAAGAAAGAGAAAAAAGAAAAGAAAGAGAGAAAGGGAGGAAAGGACUCCAAAGGAGUGCAUUAGGGACCCUCCUAAGCUUAAUAAAAUUCUCCCAUCCAGGUCUGACAUUAAGGCAAAAAACAGGAAACAUGCUGAUCUUCCUGUUGAUGUUUUGUUACUGACAGUGGAGGAUUGUGAGUUUUUAGCUUGUUACAGUGAGCUAAAAAACCCCUAUAGAUGUUUUUUUGCUGAUCUUGGUUUUGUGUACUUUUCUGAUGUAAGUGAAAGUCAAGAGGAAGUUAAAGUUGCAUUGUUAAGAUGUUACAAAAGUGGUCCUGGUGGUUCUCUCGUCUCUGUUAAGAAUGCUGCCACUGUGCUAAGACCUAAAGCAGUUAUAUCUGUUGGUGCAUGUAGUGGUCUUCACCCUGAGAAAUCCAAGUUAGGAGAUGUUGUUGUUUCUGCCAAAUUAGCAACAUAUGCAUCAAAAGUGGUGAUCAAUAAUCAAGAACAGUCAACUGGCAUGAGGAGUUAUGUGAGCAAAUGCUUCCUGGGUGUCAUUAAGAAUUGUGCUGAUGGCUGGCAAGCACCUUUGAAGAACCUGGCUGAUGCUCAACAAGUUCAAGUUCAUACUGCUGCUGAGUUUCUGAGUGGACCAGAACAAGUCAUUUCUGGACAACGACGUGAUCAACUUGCUGAAACCAAUCCUCAGGCAAUAGCAAUGGAAAACGAAGGAGAAGGUAGGCCGACUGCUUUUUUGCAGCCAGUCUUUAUAAGAAGGUGCACACAGCCAGGUCAAGCUUUGCUUGAGGUGGAAAGAGACACAGUAGCAUGCAUCAUACUUGUACUAGGAAAGCAAAAAUUUUGUUUCCUUUAAAGCAUCAAAAGGUCGGGAGUUUGGCACUUAAAAUCAUGUCUGUCAGUUUCAUUGCGAAAUCCUCUCGUUUUUGCUUGAGAAAUAAUUAUCAUAUUGCCUAAAACAUUAUGCGGCUAAAUCAAAUUUAGGCUAAGUUUAACUCUAGACAUUGCUGGCCACUUAAGUUGGUCUUUCAAGUGAGAAGGCUCUUCAGGGACCCUGGGAAAUUCACAGCUUCUCUGUUGAGGUCAUACCAUUACAUUCAAGUAGCUUAUUAAUGUUGCUUGUACUCGUCAAUUGUUCUGCUCCUUACCCUGCCUUCCCUUUGGUAAGUACAGUGGAACCUCGUUAAUACUGUCACUAAUGGGUCAAAAAAAUUUGGCCUCGUCAACGGGGUGGCUGUAUUACAAGGGCAGGGUCAUGGGUUUAGGGUUAGGGUUAGGGUGACUUUGGGACUUUGGGACUGUAAUGACAAGCACAUCAUACAUCGCUGUCACACUUCUCGUACAACUCUGUUUUCUUAAAUAAAUAACAGGAAUGUAGAUAUCACGUACUGUAGUUGUAAAAACUACUUGAAACUCCGUCAGGACAUAAAACAGUUUUUAAAAAUCGGCUAUUAGACCACCACAAAAUACAUUGUAAGUGACUAUAGUUUAAAAACAGUAGAAAAACAAGCUCAGCUUAAUUAGUAGGUCAAUGAAAUUAACAUAUCACAGGCAUUAAUCAGUUUUCAAAAUUUCUGACAAGUGGCCGUUUUAGUGGGUGAAAUAUUUUAUUGUAAAAGAUGCUACUGUUUGGGAUUUUAAAAUAUGGCAAUUGGCCACAUCAAUGGGUGACUGUGUUAACAAGGUUUUUUCAUUAGAAAAGGUAUGGCCAUUUUGCCAGGCCAAAAAUAACAAGGUGACUGAAUUACUAAGCUGGCCAUAAGGCGGGGUUCCACUUAAUAAAAUCUGCAUUGGUUAGCUGUAAGAUGGUGCCUGAAUUAUUGCCACUCGAAGGGUUGUCAUGGUUAUGAGCAGCUGCACUCGACUGCAGUUUCCUGGCUCUACAAGCCUUGCAAGCACCUCCACCCACACUCAUCUUUGUUGAUAAAUUUAAAUUACACUAUAAUGAAACUUAUACAAAAAUGGCUGCCAACGUCUCUCACUGGUCAAGUUUCUUAUUUUGCUGAUGAAGACACUUAAAUGAAACAGGACUUUUCUCAAACCUCAUGUACUGUUUGUUUUGUUGUUCUACAGGCAUAUUUACAGCAGCAUUUGAUUGUCAAAUUGAGUGGUUAAUUGUAAAAGGAAUAGCUGACUAUGCAGAUGGUUCUCAGUUAGCUUCAGAGAGUUGGUCUUCCUGUGCCAGCGUGAUGGCAGCAUCUCUUGUUGCACACAUGUUGAAUGAACCCCGUGUUUUCCAUUCAUGGCCUCAUUAUCAAGGUAAUCAUGCUAUCAUAAAGUGCUGCCACAUCUUGGCAUCUGAUUUAUUGAAUCUAUUGUUGGGUUCGUUCUAUAGUACAGUCACAGAUAAGCUACAUGGUACAUGUAGCUUAUGUGGUGUAUGCCAUCCCAAAUUCAGCUGUCCGACACUCACCACUUGUUCAAGUUGUUUAAGUUGAGAUUCAAGUAGUAUAGUGAAUGUGAUACAUUUCUGUAAAAUAACAAGAAGCAUUAGAAGUGUGCAUCUUAUUAAAAAGGGACCAGUACGGUUUGAGAUAAUUUGCAAUAUUUAGAAGCUAUCAUGAUAGACCGGAUUAUACCGUAAAUCCUCUAUUAAGCCCCCCUCUUCUCAAAUAACCCCCCUCCCUCUUAUAAUCCCCCCUUCCCUCCCCUAAUUAUUCUUUACUAAUAAGGAUGGAUGGUUUCAUACCAACUGGAAGUUUGGAUUUGAUUCUGAUCCUCCGUGCAUGACCUUAAACCUUCUUGUACUUGAGCUUUUCCACUUGGUUUUGUAGUUCUCUAUCGAGAGCUGAUACCAUCGUCUUUUCUAAAUUAAUUGAACGAUUUACGGUAGUGAUAUUUUGACAUUUGACAUGCAUAUUUUAGACAGUGGUGAAAAUGUUAUUAUUAUUAUCGUUUUAUUCGUCAUCAGUGAAUUAAUAAAAUAUCAAUUUUGUUAUCAAACUAAUGGGUGUUUUUUCCUCAGGACGGCUACCACAAGAGUUAAUCACCCACUAUGACGAAACCUCAGUCGCUCCUUUCAUCGAACGUAUGAAGAAACAUGUCCGAGAUGUCACUGACAAACCUUACAGAGACCUCAAAUCACCUUUUCAUAAUCCAGGCGAAGGACCUAGAAGAGAUCUAAAACUUGACGAAAUCUUUACCAAUUUGAUUGUUUCUGAAGGGAGAGCGAAGUAUGACUUUUCAGGAGACAGAGUGAAACAGCUAAACGAGUACCACAAAGCCAAUGAAAGUUUACGACCAACACUGCCAGGAGAUAUUUUUGAUGCUAAAGAGCAGAAGAUUCUUGUUGUCGGUCGUCCUGGAAUUGGAAAAACCAUGUUUAGCACAAAGAUUCUUCGCAACUGGGCGUCCGAUAACCUUUUCAACGAAACACAAAAAUCGCAAGUCGAUUUUAAAGUUGCCUUUCUCGUUAAGCUGAGAAUGUUUAACUCUAGAAACCAAGAACUAAAUCUUCGCGAGAUUCUGGAUCACUCAGAGUAUUCAACCGCUCUUUCCGAAGAGCUCUGGACCUACAUCCGCCAUAACCCAGAGCGAGUACUGUUGAUUUUUGAUGGAUUUGACGAAUAUUCUGGUAGGACUAAAAUAAAUGAAGAUGACAUUCCGUACAGAAACAGUGAAGAGGAAAGGAUGCCUGUUUAUUUCCUUAUGAAGAAAAUAGUAGAGGGAAAAAUUCUUACCGGUGCGACAAUCCUAACGACUACAAGACCCAAUGCCGUGUCAUGUAUCACAAGUCUUCACUUCGACAAAACAGUUGAAAUUCUGGGAUUCUCAACUGAGCAAGUAAAUAAUUAUGUAGAGAAGUUUACAAAGGAGGCGGACAAAGCGGAAACCAUAAAGCAACACAUCACCAGUAACUUAAACCUUGUAGCCUUCUGCUACGUUCCUGUUAAUUGCUUUAUCAUUUGUAGUUGCUUGUUAGAGUUGCUUGGUAACACUGGCUUUACCAGCCUCCCGACGAGACUGACAGAAAUAUACUCAAUUGCGGUAAGGAUGUUUUACUUUAGCUACGAUGAUGAUCAAUAUCGCCACAAUAAAACUGAAGGUCAACAGUAUUUUCUUAAGCCGUUUAAGGAACUGCCUUCCUCUGUGAAAAAUGUGUUCACACGACUGGGAAAAAUUGCUUUUGACGGAAUUAAAAACGGAAGACUAAUUUUUGAAUCACACGAAGUUAACGACCUAAAGGGUAAUGGCCUGUUUCACCGUUUACCUGAUUUUAGAGACCGUCCUUUAGCAGAGGGAAGAGCGCAAUAUUGCUUUUUACACCUGACCUUACAGGAGUUCUUAGCGGCGAAGUAUUUGGUAGACACGUUGAGUUCCGAACAACUGCGGGGUUUUGUUUCCGAUCACAUCAAGGAUGGCGCGUGGAAGGUUGUGAUGCAGUUUGUGGCUGGACUGCUGGCUGAAAAAGAAGGACAGUCAACAGAUAUUUUCAGCGACCUUCUUCCCUCAAAAACUGUUACUAAUGAAGUUGAAAUCAAGAUGAAUGAAGAUUCAAAGGAACCAACUGAAACACUGACCUUUUGGCCACAUUAUGAAGACAGGUUAUUAGUGGUGACGCUAUUCAAUUGCAUGUAUGAGAACAAAGCCUCUGAUCGAGAAGUUCAAAAGAAACUGGCGAAAAUUGGUUGUAAUGCGCUUAAUUUUUGGAGGUGUAACCUGUCACCUCUCGACUGUUUAGCAUUAGUGCAUGCACUUAAAUCUGUUGAAGGAAUUGUGUAUUUUAGUUUAAACUGGAACAACCUUCAGUCGCUAGGAUGUAUUGAGAUUGCGAAGUUGUUACCUGGCAACCAACACAAUCAGGGUUUUUGCGAACUAAAAAUAUUACACCUCACUUAUAACCAAAUAACUGAUGAAGCAGUUGAACAUUUAUGUACAGCACUCACACACACUAACUGCAAACUAAACAGCUUAAACCUCGGGUAUAACAAAAUAACUAAUAAAGCAGUUAAACAUUUAGCUACAGCACUCACACACACUAACUGCACACUAAACAGCUUCGACCUCAGUGGUAAUCAAAUAACCCAGAAAGGUAUACAUCUCGUAAACUCAUUGAACAUAAACUGUGAAGUAGUUUUCUAA